AUGAAGGUUGAAGCGCAGAGUUACCCAACUUGCUUGUCUAAUCAGUUUCGAUGCAAGUCUUCAAAGAGAUGUGUGGAUAAAUCAUGGCAAUGUGAUGGUGAUUAUGACUGCGAGGACUACAGUGAUGAGCUCAAUUGCUACCAAAGUGAGUGCACAAGUAACCAAUAUCAAUGUCGAAAUGGGUUCUGCAUUGAUGAAAGUUACGUUUGCGAUGGUGACAAAGACUGUCAAGAUUCUUCCGAUGAAGACUCUUGUGGCGUUAACGUUCGUUGCAAGGAUGAUAAAUUUCUUUGUGAUACACGACAAUGCAUUCCAAUCCGUUGGAGAUGUGACGACGAACCAGAUUGUUGGAAUAAAAACGACGAAGCAAACUGUACGUCUCAACCUUGUGUUUCUGGACGAUGGAAGUGUGGAAGUGGUGAUUGCAUUCCAGAAAGUCACAGAUGUGAUGGAGACAGCGAUUGCCGAGACAAGUCAGAUGAAAUAGAUUGUGGUUUGGUAAGAGUUGAUUGUAACUUAAAGACGCAGUUCCAGUGCAAAUCCGGAAACUGUUUACAAUCAAAUUGGGCUUGUGACGGUGAUCUUGAUUGUGUUGAUGGAUCAGAUGAGUUAAAUUGUAGCAGCAAAUUGAUUGAUAGCAAUAAAACGUUUUCUUAUUGUCCUCAUACACAAUAUCGUUGUUGGAACGAUCAAUGUGUCUUAUUUGAUCAAGUUUGUGAUGGCAGAAAAGAUUGCACAGAUGGUUCAGAUGAAGAAGGAUGCCCGUCAACUGUAAAUCAGACAUCGUGCGGAGUUAACAAAGGUGGGUGUCACCAGAUAUGUCUGGACCAAGAAACACGUUACACCUGCUCUUGUUUUGAAGGAUUUAAGGUUGAUGCAACUGAUCCAAAGCGUUGUGAAGAUGUCAACGAAUGCCAGAUAAUGGGAUUUUGCAGUCAAAUUUGUUUUAAUGGUUACGGAACGUAUAACUGUUCGUGUGUCAAUGGAUUUAUUUUGCAAUCAGACGGACGUAAAUGUAAAGCUGAAGGAUCUCAUCCUCUUAUUGCGCUAAGUUACCAUAAAGAUAUCACAAUAACACCAUAUCGAGACUCCGGUGAGAAAGACAGUGUGUUUAUUAAUGGAAUGGAAAAUGCUGCAGCAAUGGAUUUUUCGUUCGAGGGAAGUUUAAUAUUUUGGGCUGAUACUGUAUUGAAAAGAAUUAUGUCCGCAAAUUUCAAUGGUUCAGCUGUCAAAAACGUCAUAAGCCAUGGUCUAGUACGUCCUUGUGGCUUAGCUGUUAAUUGGUUAGAUCGAAUACUUAUUUGGUCUGAUUCGGGAACCAACCGCAUAGAAAUUUCAAACUUCAAUGGCACGAAUCGAAAGGUUAUAUAUUGGCAACCACUUGGUAUUUUGAGAGCUGUUGCAGUGUAUCCAAUCAAGGGUUAUAUAUUUUGGUCCGAGUGGGAUACAAAUGACAACUACGCAAAAUCAUCAAUUUCACGCUCUUAUAUGGAUGGCACAAAUGCCAUACGACUAAUUUACCAAGAUAUCUAUUGGCCAAAUGCACUCACUGUCGAUCAUGUGUUAAAACUUUUGUUUUAUGCAGAUGCAAAAAAGGGUGAGAUUGGAUUAACUGAUUUAGAUGGGAAAGGUCUUCGUCUGGUUGUUAAAGGUGGCUUUGUGCGACCCUUUUCCAUUAGUAUUUUUGAAGAUCAUCUAUUCUGGACGGACAGUAGUGGUCAUCUUGUUUAUAGAGCAAGCAAAUUUGAUGGAGGAGGCUUAAGUUCACUUGUUGGUAAAGGAAAAAGUGCAUCUGGAAUUUUGCUGAUACAUGAAUCUCUACAACCAGGUGACGUUAUGGUCCAAUGCUCUACAAAUAAUGGUGGAUGUAGUCAUAUUUGCUUGAGUCAAUCAUUUGGUAUUACUUGUGCAUGUCCAACAGGAUACAAGCAAUUGAACGCCACGCAUUGCGCAGAAAAAAUAAAUGAUUUUGUCGCUUAUGGAGUGGAUUAUAUGAUACAUCAAAUCUCUUUGGAUACCAAUGAUUUGUUUGAUAGCGUUCUACCCUAUGACAAUGUUCUUGAUGUGAUAGCACUUGACUGGGACUCACAUAGAGAUGAAAUGUAUUGGGCUGAAGUUGCAGAUGAUACAGUUAUAGUAAGGAAAAGAAAGACCAUACCACAUUACAAGGAGACGAUAAUGUUACGAACCAAAAGGAAAUUAUCUAGCAUGGCGAUGGAUUGGUUAUCGCUAAAAUUAUACUGGUGUGAUGAAGAAAGAGGUUACAUUGUUGUGUCCAAUCUUGAUGGUAGUAAUCCUGCAGUUAUAUUGUGGAGGAAAAAUGUAAAGCCAAAGAACUUAAUUUUGGAUUUGGAAAACAGAUCUAUGUACUGGACAUCACAUGGUUCAAGAAUCAGCAUAAAUAGGGCUAGCAUGGAUGGAUAUGCCCGCGAAAAGAUUGUUUCUGGCAACCUGAUAGAUCCAACCGAUCUUGCUUUUGAUAAACAAAACAAAAUCUUAUAUUGGCUGGAUGGUGGGAACAUUAUAAAUUACAUAUCACUCAAUUCCAGAAAAAGAAAGAGUUUAAAAGUCUCAUUUCAUUCCACAUUACUUCAACUUUAUUCGAUUGGAGUUUACAAAGAAAGCAUCUUUUGCGCUGAUAUGAAAUUGAAGAGAAUUAUACUGGUCAAUAUUAGUGUCACGAGCGAAGCUAAAGUAGUUGGAAAGUUUCAUUCUGAUUCAAUCAGAUUAUCUGUGUUUUUGCGAAACAAAAAAAGCAAAACAUUUUACUGCUUUGACUUGUUUGGAUUUGUAGGUUUCCAUAUCUGUAGUCAGAACAACGGUGGAUGCAGUUAUUUGUGUGUACUCUCGAAAACACAAGAUUUCCGAUGUUUAUGUCCGACAGGAAAACAUUUGAGAGAAGACAACCGCACCUGUGAAAAUGACCAAACAUCUCGCUUUGUUUUGGUGAACAGCAAUGGUCGUAUUUAUCAGAUUCCACUUGGCUCGUCAAAAAAGACGGAUGUUUUAAUAGAUAAUUCUGAAAACAAAGACAUUCUGGCUUUUGAUGUCGAUGUGAAGCACAGGUUGGUGUAUUUGGUCAAAAGUAUUGGGCAAAAGAAGCUAUUUUGUAGCAUGGCACUAUCUGGUCAGAGCCUCAAAUGUAAGACUCCGGAUAUACUUCAUGAUAUUUCUCCUGCUGAUAUUGCGUAUGAUCCAUUACGUAAUCAUAUAUACUGGAGUGAUCUUCACACAAAAAAGAUAUAUUUGACCCAUCUCAUAAAAAAUUUAUGGGCGGUAGUUGUUUGGAAAAACUUGAAUUUACCGUCUUCUAUCGCCCUGGCUUAUAAUCACGGCUACAUCUUUUGGGCUGAUGUUGGUGAGCAUUCUUCAAUAUCACGCGCUAGCAUGGAUGGUGAUUCUGCUCGAAAAAUUGUUACAUCUGAGUUAAGAUUGCCUAACAGCUUGACAGUGGAUCACGUGAAUAGUCUUCUGUACUGGACCGAUUACCUUCAUGGAAAAAUUGAACAUUGCAACUUUUUUGGUAAACGUAGAGUGCAAUUCGUAACUUCUUUGGCGGGUCCUACGUCGUUGACAUUGUUUAGUAAGUUUGUUUAUUGGACGGAAUGGGCAACUAGAACACUCAUGAAGCAAAAGAAAAGUGGAAAACGUUCUGGUUCAUCAGUUCUUAAGGGGAUAGAUGGCAUCACUAAAAUGCAAGCAAUCAACAUGCGGAAAGUACCUGUGUCAAGAAGUAUAUGCGACAGAAAUAAUGGAAAUUGUUCUCACUUUUGUUUGCAAAACACCGCCUAUGCCACUUGUUUAUGUCCUCUUGGCUUGAGUCUUGAGCAAGACAAAAAGACAUGCCGCAAAAAACCUUACCGAUCCAUUUUUUAUACAUCUGGUAAUGGAUUCAGAAGAAUUUCGUUAGAUACUGGUGACUUGACAGCUGUCACUCUUACUGUCACAUUUACGAAAAUUUCUAAUGACUUUGCUUUCCGAGUUGGAAGAAAUCAUAUCUUUUGGACUAAUGGCAGCACAAUAUUUUCAUCGUUCCUUAAUGGUUCAGGACACCAGACAAUUAUAAACUUUUUGAAUGCAUCAAUUCGAGAUCUUGAUGUGGAUUUUUUUUCUGAUAAUUUAUUUUGGAGCGACGACUUGAGAAGAAAGAUUAUGAUUUCUAAAACUGAUGGAUCACAAGCAGCAAGUCUUAUUUCCCACUCAUUGAAGAAGCCGUAUAAUAUUGUGGUUGAUUAUAUCAAAGGGCUCCUUUUUUGGACUGACACUGAAAGAGCUGUUAUUGAGAAGGCACACACAGAUGGCCAAGAAAGAGCUAUUGUCGUACAAAGAGGCAUUUUAUGAACCAGUAGCAUUAACUCUUGACAUAGAAAGGGAAUUUCUUUACUGGAGUGAUUUGAGAAAUGGUGUCGUGGAAAGAUGUAACUAUGAUGGCUUCCAGCAGAUUGCAUCUACAAAUAUAAGGUAACUUUGUCUGAAAUAUUGGCAGUGUUUACCUUAUUCAGUAGCAAUUUUGAACUCUAAACGAGUUGAAAAGGCCUUACUUUAAAGCUUCCUUUUUAAAGACUUCUUUUGUGCCACAAAAUUAUAUUUUAAGAUCACAGUAAAUUGGCAUUUGAGAUAUACAUUCUUAAUAAAGUAAAUGGUUUGAACCC